AAAACUCGAAUACCGAAGCCUGCUACUUGACAUUUCUCGUCCGCACGAGUAACACUUACCCGCUUUCUAAACAUUCCAACAUACGUUACAGCAAGUUCAUGUACAUACAUUCAAUUUUUUUUUAUUUAUAUUUUAAGAAGUAGUAAAUCUGUUCGGUUACCGGCAAGCGAACAGGAAACAAGGGACAAUGUCUUUUGCAACAAAAAGUGAGAAAAAGAACGCCGAGUUCGUUUUUAAAAGCCUUGUUUCCGGCGGUGUCGCAGGUAUGUGUUCGAAAACUGCGGUUGCACCAUUAGACAGAAUAAAAAUAUUGUUACAAGCACACAGUCAACAUUACAAGCAUUUAGGUGUUUUUGCUGGACUAAAAGAAAUAGUUCAACGUGAGGCUUUUUUUGCCUUAUAUAAAGGAAAUGGUGCACAAAUGGUCAGAAUUUUUCCUUAUGCUGCAACACAAUUUACUGCCUUUGAGAUAUACAAAAAGUAUUUAGGAGGAUUACUGGGUAGUCGCACCCAAUUAGAUAAAUUCCUGGCUGGUUCAGGAGCUGGAGUAACCGCUGUAACUUUGACGUAUCCACUCGAUACCAUAAGAGCACGUUUGGCAUUUCAAGUCACCGGAGAACAUGUUUACACUGGAAUAGCACAUACGGCCGCUAGUAUUUUCAAGCAGGAAGGUGGAAUCAAAGCUUUAUACAGAGGAUUUAUGCCUACAAUAUGCGGAAUGGUUCCAUACGCAGGCUUGUCAUUCUACUCUUUCGAAAAGUUUAAGUUCUUCUGUAUGAAGUACGCACCAAAUUAUUUGUGCAACAAAUGCAACAGAAAUACUGGUGGAUUAGUCCUAACAUUGCCAGCCAAGCUGCUGUGUGGUGGCUUUGCAGGGGCAGUUGCUCAAAGUGUUUCCUAUCCCUUAGAUGUAACUAGACGGCGAAUGCAAUUAGCUAUGAUGAAUCCGGCUACCCAUAAAUUUGGGUCGGGAAUGGUUGCAACAAUGAAGCUUAUUUACCUAGAAAAUGGGAUCAUCAAAGGACUUUACCGUGGAAUGAGUAUAAACUAUCUUAGAGCUGUCCCCAUGGUAGCUGUAAGUUUUGCCACGUAUGAAUUAAUGAAGCAAUUGCUCGAUCUAGAUACAGGUAUGAAAUUAUAAAUAAAAAGUGUUAAUUAGGGAGACUGUAGAAUAACUGAUUAUUGUUGUUGAAGUAUAUUUUUAUAUUUUGUAUAUUACAAAAAUGGAUGAUACAUCUGUGAAUAAGUACAUCCACGAAGAGUAGAACGAUAUAAAUGAAUGUUAAUGUGAAAAGCACACUCGUUUACGUAAAUUUACUGAUUUGCUUACAAAAAGAAUGAUACAGCAAAAUGAAUAAUAUCUGAAGAGUCACGUGCGUGAAAUGUAUCAAAUCUAGAUUUAUGGGUCUGAAAAGAUUGUUGAUGAAUGUGAAUAUAGUAAUAGGAAGCAAAAACUUACUGAACGAAAAUAUUCAAGCUCUCUUUUCAUGUGACAACUUUUCUGAUAUGUCAGACUAAAUUUUUUCAACUACAUUAUUCAAUAAGGUUUUACGUAACUAUCAAGUCAAUAAUGCUGCACAAGUAAUGGGGUUUUACGACUAAGAUUCCACAGUUGUGAUUUGGGCAAUAUUAUGAGCGAAUUGUUAUUUGAGUUGUAACUCAAUAACAAAACGUUACUUCAACAUUGCCAGAAUAAAUAAUGUACCUGUUUAGUUAUGCAGGAAUUCUAUGCUAAGAGAAUUUGACAGCAAUGAAAAUGGGCAUUAAUUGUUGUCAAGUUAAAUAAAUAAUCAUACAUUACCUAAAUCGCAAAUUGACGAUUUUUCUUUAAGCGUUAGAAUUAAAUCUUUAUAGAAUAAUGGAUUAGUAUUAAUGAAGGAACAAAUGCUGCUUGAACUUAUAAUGUCAAACGUCUGUCAAGCGGGUGUUUCAAUAUGUCAAUAAUUUAUUGAAAUAGGAUUAUAAGUAAGAUACAAAAUCGAAUUCCCAAGUUCUUGCCCAACCUGAAGAGGUGAAUAAUCAUGACAAAUUUCGAGGUCUUGUUCCACUUGUUAUUGUACUUAUCAUGUGGAAUUGCCACAAUAAUAAAACUGACUCAGAUAUUACUGAAUUAUUAUACCAUAGACGAAGAUAAAAAUUAUACAAACAUCUAUUUGAUGUAUCCAAAUUCAUAUUGAAAAAAAAAUUUUAAAAACUGUUGGUAAUUACAAAAAUUAGUAUGUAGAUAAAUUAUUGUAUGCUAUUUGUAUUUGCCGAUCACUUAUAUUAUACGGAAUCUUUUUUAUUCAUAUACAUGUAUAUAUUCUUUUCGAUCCCUUUUCAUUCCUCUUCUACUUAUUGCCGGAGACUGAAAAUAUGUGUAUAAAUAUAAAAUUUUUCGAGUGCAACAUCUAUGCAUUUUACGAGAGCCAUAUGUAACGAAAAACAAGAAAAUUGUGAAUUUUUCACGUAAAUACCUAAAUCUAUUGUAAAAUUUCACCAGCUAUGCCACUUUGCUAAUAGGUUAUAUAAAUUUAAUAAAAAAUAAAUCGAAUCUUUUGAACGGCUACGUCAGUACAAAAAGUAAUUAUAGUUGACAAGGGAUUGUGAUAUUAUAAGAGACUCCAUUCAUUUUGUACGCUUUUUUUAUUCAUUUCCUAAAUUAAGAAUAAACAUGUAAAGAUUAAUGAGAAUGAAAAGUAAAAAUGUGAAGGAUGACACGCUAACAUCAGGUCCAAAUACAAGUUUCAAAUUUUCAUCAUAUCGAUAGCGCGUAACAGUCAGGUAUUAGUAUAGCUACAAGUAUGUGUGGCAUUUUUAGUAUGCCCGAAAAUAAUUAGGAGCGGAGGUUGUUGUUUCACUUCUUAGUUAAGUGAAUAAGAUGAAAAUAUUACUUGAAAGUGUGAAUAAGUGAAAAUUACUACGUAGAGAAAAGCUGAUUUUCAGCAGGUUGACACUAUUCGCGAAAUUUCGCACGAUUACUAGAACUAUGUAUCGGUAGUGCCAACAGCAUGCUUCUCUCAAGUGCAGUCAGCUAAAAUUCCUGAAAUUACUUCAGUUCUUAUGCCAUUUACUUACAUUAAGUUGCAAGUAUGUUUACAACAAAAAAACUGUUAUAACAAUUAAUUCAAUCAACACCGUUCAAAUACUGUUGGCAACUAGUUAGCAGCGACUUCCUUUUAUUUUGAAUUAUUUUUUUUUCUUCUGAAAGAAAAACUAGGCUUGGAAAGCCGUAAACAAGCGAUGAUUUUCACCAAGCACGUUCAUGUAGUCAAUUAGUCACUUUGCAAAUGCAUCUUGUGCAAAUAUCUGUAGCAUACUUAUCCGUUGGUCAAAAAGCAGAGUUUAUUAAAGGAAGAUGGAGAGAAAAAAUAUAAAAAAAUUCACGUGCACUUGUCGCGAUACUUUAGACGUUAUACUAAGUUGUUUACAGAGAUGUAUGCAGAUUAAGAGAUCGAAUCAUUGUUCAACUUGACAAGUACACUGUAUGUUAUCUAAUUGGGAAGUGAGUGAAAAAUGUAUCUACUGACUCGUAUUCCAAGUAGAUUUCAAAACCAUUUUAAAUUCAAUAAAAAUUCAUACUCUCAGCGUCUGUGUAAAUCCCUUAAUAAUAUUGCUAGCAGUACCCUUCAUGUAG